AGAUAUAUAGCUAUAGUUAAAUUUCUUAUAUGAAAUAUGUUUGUUAUGAGGCAGGAUGAAAAGACUCGGACAAAAAAUCAAUUUUUUUAUCUAAUUGUAAGUAUUUUGUUCUAUUAUAAACAACCCUGUUGAUUUUCCUUGUUGUUAUCUGUCGCUCAGGCUUUUAUGCAAAUACAAUUGCAUAGUCAUAAGCAAGAGUAAUGACUUACGUCAGAUAUAGAAUAUUUUUUUUCGUGCAGACCAUAUUGUGCUGAUUGUUACAAAGAACUAUCAACAUAGUUCACGUUUUUCUCUAUAUAACACUGAAGAUAUAAUUAAUCUUACUACCUAAUAAACAAAGAAAUGUUCGAUUGCGCCCUACUCCUGCCUGUGAUAUUGCAGCCAUUCAUUUAGCAUGCAGUUGUUUUAAUCUCAUCUUAUUUUGAUAUCGCGCACGCGAAUGUAAUUUACAUAAAGUAUUAAGUGAGACAUGAGAAGCAAGAUCAAAUGCAAUUUUAUACCAAUAGUUUCACACGCACAUUUCUAUCAAGUAUAGUUUUUAUUUUGAUUAUAAUCAAGUUAUAUGUGACAUAGAAUAGAUUUGUUAUUUUGCAAUUUCGGAGACAAGGAUAGCAGUAAAGAAUAUAGCUUCUAGAAGAAUAAGAAGUAAAGUAUAGAAGAAAACAUUGGAAAAUGCAUUUGACACGAACAUAUCUGCUACAAGCGAGAAACUGAUAUUUAAGUUAUGGCAGAACCCAUGUUAAAUUUGAUAAACUUAUCACAUCUGUCCGCAGUAUAUCGAUAUUACACGACCACGUGGUUGAAUGUAACAUAUGGAACGCGUCGAAUAAGUCUUCCCUUGACGUUUUGAUAACGAAGACGGAGAGAAAAACACGAGCAAGAGAACACGGGCUAGAGAUUCCACCUCCACUUCCUCGUGUUUUCUAUCACAAGAAACACCUCAGUCACACGCCACAGGGUUGCGAAGGCGGACGCGUUCGCUUCAGCUUUACGGUUCGCGUAUUACGGAGAAAGAACAUUGUGUGUAUCGAAUUAAUUAAUACCACGUAUAAAAAAAUAUAUAUAUAUUGACCAUAAUAUGAUAGAAUUUACAUAAAUAUUUAGCCAAUCGAUCGACUCUCUUAUCGAGAACUGGCAGAUUUUACGCAGCAACUUUUCCCGCUCUUUUAAUAAUGUAUACGAAUGACGCGAGAAGAACGCAAAUUAAUAUUGUAACAAAGAUCGAAUUCGCAAUCGAUAAUAGAAUUUUGGCACGCAUGAUUUCGAGAUAUGAUUGGUGAUAAUACAUUUUAAUUCGUGUCUCUUCGUCUGCUUGGUGUAAUACAGUUCUUAUCGCUCUGAAAAUCGAGCUACCGCGGGAAAUAAUGAAUAAUAAAAAUAACACGUGAUUGAUCGUGAGAAGAAAUGUGAUGUAAAGCAUGAAUAUGAAGACGACUUCCUCGCUUUGCUUCGUAGCGACAUGAUGGUGUAUCUACAAAUUCGCGUGACACAAAAUACAGCUCCAUUAGAUGUUAUCGCGCGGAAAUCCAUCUUACGCGCUCACGUAACUCGAUUUCGCUGUUCUUCCUAAGUAAAUGGACGGGAAGCACGACGUCCGUUAGCAUAUCACGCGAGACGAAUAAGCGACCGAUCGAUCGCUCAUCCAUCUUUUCUGAUGCGCGUGUAGAUCACAAGAAAUUAUAAGGCCGAAAAAGAAUUUAAGAAUAUUAAUUAUCAAAAAUAUUGGAAAGAGAGCUGCGAAAAUUGACGAACCGUUCAUAAAACAAGGAAAGGUGAACCACAUAUAUACAUAUAUAGUGAUGUGCAGAAGUCACGUGUAAAUUUCAUGCAUGGGAUUGAUAGCGCAACAUUUCUAUUUUUUCAAAGAUCGAUAUUUAUAGAGAUAACUAAAAUAUUUUUUCGAUGAGUAAUCGCUGAAGAAUCGUUAAUUCUGGAACAAGCGCGUGAGUGAUAAAUUAACACCAUCUUUUUUUUUUCUGGCGUUGAUGAUGAAAUCUAUGAUUCUGAACGAUUUCCAUCGAGUGAACUAAUUUUAUAUUCAACAAAAAAUAGAAUUUACAAAUCUAAACAUAAAAAUAGUGUGUGUAUGUGUUUGUAAAUAACGAAUAGAAAUUUACGUAUAUAUGUAAAGAAAAUUAUAAAUACAUACACAUACAGUUAUUCUUUCGACAUAGAUACAGCGAGCUAGCUUCAGAAUACAACCGUCCGAGAGUUAAGAAAAGAAAGAAAAUAAUUAUUAUUAAAUAUCUAAGGGAUAUUAAAAAUUCUCUUGAAGAAGCAAUGACUAUUGCUUGUCUUUCUCAAAAAUAUCGCGAUGUCGCAUUUAUGAGUCAACAUCACAAUUGCACCGGUUGACUUUAUAUACCGCGUGAUACUACAGUAUCAUGCUUCAAGAUCGAAAGUGAUAAUUGCGAUGGGAUUCGCGUCAAAUACAACUGACUCAAUAUUCGAUUAUUUGGAUCAUUUGAACCCAAGGAAUGCGUCGUCGGUGGACGCAAAACUGAACCUGCCGUACACCGUCUGCGAGAUUCUAGUGGCGAUCUGUGCCGUCCUCGGCAACGGCCUGGUGAUCAUCGUAUUCGGCAAAGAACGAAAGCUACGCAGACGUACCAAUUAUUAUAUCAUCUCGCUAGCAGCGGCCGAUCUUCUCGUCGGUCUGUUUGCAAUCCCGUUCGCGAUCCUCGCGAGCAUCGGUCUACCGACGAAUUUACAUGCCUGCCUGUUCACCGUAUCGGUCCUCAUCGUUCUCUGCACCAUCAGCAUUUUUUGCUUGGUGGCAGUGUCCAUUGAUCGUUACUGGGCGAUACUGCAUCCAAUGGGAUAUUCGCGCACUGUACGCACCAAAACUGCCAUAGGUAUAAUAUGCGUAUGUUGGAUAGCGGGCACUUUAGUAGGGUUCCUGCCUUUGUUCGGAUGGAAUGCCGGCGAAACGAGCGAUCACAGAUGUAUUUUCACGAAAGUUAUGGAUUACGACUACCUCGUGUUCCUAUACUUUGCCACAAUAAUCUUUCCCGCCUUGCUAAUUGCUGCGUUCUACGCCCAUAUAUAUCGGGUGAUCGUAAAGCAGCUACAGCAAAUCAUCACGGUGGACUCCAGCGGAGGUGGUGCCUUUCGCCGUCUCGGAGGUCUACGUCUCGGCGGGAGCCAUCAAACUACGGGGACGAUGCUGCGUGUGCUCGGCGCGGCGCGCAAACGGGAGGUCAAGGCUACGCAGAAUCUCUCGCGUAUCGUCCUCUUCUUCAUCGUCUGCUGGUUUCCUCUGUACACGAUAAACUGCGUAAAGGCUUUCUGCCCCAAAUGCGAGGUGAACGAUCUCCUAAUGAAUUUCUGCAUCAUCCUCUCGCACAUCAAUUCGGUCGGCAAUCCGCUUCUCUACGCCUAUCAUCUCAAGGAUUUUCGCAUCGCCCUCAAGAAUUUCGUCUGGCGACUGCUUUUCCCGCACAGCGACGUCAAAUCGAGCGUAAUCAGCGUAAUCAACGAUCGCGGAUCCCUCGUCGGUUCGCAGAGGCAGCUUCAGGCUCAGCGGCUUAGCGAUUUUCCUCAGUCAAGGAGUCAAAGAUCGAGUAUGUUACGUCAGGUACUUGACAAUAAGAGGACAGGCAGCACACGUUCCGAAAGGCGCGUGUUAUCUAUGCAAGAAAAAGAGACACGUCAAAAUGUUGUUGAUAGCAACAUCAUGAACGAAAUUACGGUCGCAAUUAAUAAUUCUCCACCGUCGAAUGAGCGAUUGAGCGAGGAAGAGGUGGCCAGCGAGGGUGACGCGAGCGUCCGCGGGAUCUCACCCUCGAUGGAACUGCAAACGUAUAAAUCGCUAUUGCCCCUCUUGCCCGCACAGGAAGACCGAAUCGAGGAAACGCCGCCCGCAUCGAUUUUUAUGAUCGAGGUCGAUGUGUUAAGUCACGCCGCUCCCCGAUUAUCUUCUGGUUCUAGAGAAAUCUCGAGAUAGAAUUGAUAUAACAGACGAGGUAAUCGAAAGAUAUAAAGUAAACUGUGAGAUACUUGAAAGCUUUAAAAAGAGAGAGAGAUGACAAAGGAUAGGACCUUUCCGUUUUUUAUUUUUGUCACCA